AUGCCUAUUGUAAUGUUUCACAUUGCUACUUCCAGCUCUGGAAAAUUGGAGUUGUUGAAGAGUUUGGGAGCAGAUUUAGCCAUUGAUUACAAUAAGGAGAACUUUGAAGAUCUGCCAGAGAAAUUCGAUGUGGUAUAUGAUGCCGUUGGGCAGUGCGAUAAGGCGGUGAAGGCAGUGAAAGAAGGCGGAAGCGUGGUGGCAAUAAUCGGUGCAGUCACUCCACCUGCUUUCAUAUUUGUAGUUACAUCAAAUGGAUCUGUCUUAGAGAAACUAAACCCUUUCUUGGAGAGUGGCAAGGUGAAGGCAGUGAUAGACCCUAAAGGCCCAUUCCCAUUCUCUCAGACCAUUGAAGCAUUUUCUCAUCUUCAGACUGGCAGAGCUAUUGGUAAAGUGGUGAUAUAUCCAAUCCCACAAGAGACGAGAAGGAGAAGGGGCCGGAAUCACUUAGUUAUUAAGCAGUACUACUCCUUUUAUUUGUAUUACAAGGCCAAGAUGUUAUGUUAA